UUUUACAUUUUGGAAAGUAUAGCUGCUUGGUCUUGACAACUGUAAGAAGCAAGGUGGAGAGUGAGGCCCCGGGGAGCUCCCCUAGCGAAGGGUGUAACAGAAGUCUACGUAACAUAUGGGGCUUCUGCCCUCCCGCAGCGUGAGUGCCCAGUGAAAUCCUGGGCAGAAGAAGGAUGUGGGGAAACUGGACAAUUGUCAGCGAGUUCAUUCUUGUGAGCUUCUCAGCCCUGUCCUCUGACCUACGAGCUCUGUUGUUUCUCCUUUUUCUGGCCAUUUACCUGGUUACCCUAAUGGGCAAUGUCCUCAUCAUCCUGGUCGCUACAGCUGACUCUGCCCUACAAAGCCCCAUGUACUUCUUCCUCAGGAACUUGUCUCUCCUGGAGAUAGGUUUCAACUUGGUCAUUGUGCCCAAGAUGCUGGAGACCCUGAUCGCCCAGGACAUGACCAUCUCCUUCCUCGGCUGUGCUGCUCAGAUGUAUUUCUUCUUCUUCUUCGGGGCUGCGGAGUGCUGCCUCCUGGCCACCAUGGCCUAUGACCGCUAUGUUGCCAUCUGUGACCCUCUGCGCUACCCAGUCAUCAUGGGUCGCCGGGCCUGUGGCCAGCUGGCAGCUGCCUCUUGGUUCUCAGGGUUGCCGGUGGCCAUUGUGCAAACCACAUGGAUUUUUAGCUUCCCCUUUUGUGGCCCCAACAGGGUGAACCACUUCUUCUGUGACAGCCCCCCUGUCAUCGCACUGGUGUGUGCUGAUACCUCGCUGUUUGAACUGGAGGCUCUGACAGCCACCGUCCUGUUCAUCCUCUUCCCUUUCUUGUUGAUCCUGGGGUCCUAUGUCCGCAUCCUCUCCACUAUCUUCAGGAUGCCCUCAGCUGAGGGGAAGCACAAGGCCUUCUCCACCUGUUCCUCCCACCUCUUGGUCGUCUCCCUCUUCUACAGCACUGCCAUCCUCACGUACUUCCGGCCCCGGUCCAGCACCUCUCCUGAAAGCAAGAAGCUGUUGUCUCUCUCCUACACGGUGGUGACCCCCAUGUUGAACCCCAUCAUCUACAGCUUAAGGAACAGUGAAGUCAAGGCUGCCCUGAGGCGGGUCGUCCGCCGGACCCUGGGCCCUCAGAAAGGAUGACUGACUUCGGUGGAAACUGAAGGGGUAGAA